AUGUCGGUGAUGUCCCAGAUGAACGCGGGCGGCGGCGACGCGGAGAGCGACAAGUCGGAGGUGGAGAUGGCGAGGUCGGACUCCAUCCACAUGGCCACGCGCGCGGACCGCACAAACCGGCUGUUGAAGGAGAGAAUGCGGAGGACACAAAGUGCUGCAUCCUUUCAUGGUGUGGACAGCAGUGAGCAUUUGUCAACGCUGUCAGAGCACCCCAGUGAGAAUGUCAUCAUAGUUGCUAAUCGACUUCCUGGCACUGCCACCAAAGAUGAAAAUGGCAAGUGGCAGUUGGAGGUGACUUCUGGCGGCCUUGUCAGUGGCCUCUUGGGUGUCAGCAACAUUACCACAAAGUGGAUUGGGUGGCCAGGCGUGUGUGUUGAAACUGAGGAAGACAAGAGAGAACUGAAAGCCGUUCUGAGGGAACACAACAUGAUUGGCGUUUUCCUAGAUGAACAAAUGGUUGCUGACUACUACAAUGGCUUUUGCAAUGGCGUGCUGUGGCCAUUGUUCCACUACGCCCCUCCAAACCUUGACCAGUGGCACAACCUUGGAGGGACGACUGUGGCUCAGACACAGUGGGCAGCGUACAUAGGAGCCAAUGAGGCCUUUGCCAGAUGUAUCUUGGAGAACUAUGGAUCCAGGGACACAGUUUGGCUGCACGAUUACCAUUUGAUGCUCUGCCCAGCCAUGCUGAAGGAAAGGAAGCCAAAAAUGAAGGUUGGGUGGUUCCUGCACACGCCCUUCCCUUCCUCAGAGAUAUACCGAACUCUGCCUGUCCGAGAAGAAGUGUUGCGUGCUGUGCUGAAGGCCGACCUGAUCGGCUUCCACACAUAUGACUAUGUCAGACACUUCAUAUCGUCUUGCUCAAGGAUCCUGGGCUUGGAGGGUACACCCCAUGGUGUUGAGGACCAUGGCCACUUGACACGGGUGGUUGCGUGCCCCAUUGGGAUCAACGUUGAGAAGUUCACGGAGGCAUUGAAGCAGGACAGCAUGAAAGCUCAGAUCGAGGAGCUCCGUGCUCGGUACAGGGGUCACAAGGUUAUGCUGGGAGUGGAUCGGUUGGACAUGAUCAAAGGCAUCCCCCAGAAGCUACUUGCGUUUGAGAAAUUCCUUGAGGAGCAUGAGGAAUGGCGGGAGAAGGUGCUACUGGUCCAGAUUGCUGUGCCCACACGGGGGAAAGUCCGAGAGUAUCAGAAACUGCGCUCAAUGGUGCACGAGAUGGUCGGGAGGAUAAAUGGCAAGUUUGGUUCCUUGACCCAUGUGCCAAUACACCACUUGGAUCGCUCCCUGGGCUUCCAUGAGCUCGUCGCACUGUAUGCAGUAACAGAUGUGGCCCUUGUUACGUCCCUACGCGAUGGCAUGAACCUUGUGAGCUAUGAAUUUGUCAUCAGCCAAAAGAAGCAUGAGUCUGAGGGGCCCCCUGGUGUGCUGGUACUAAGCGAAUUUGCUGGGGCGGCGCAGUCGCUAGGGGCUGGGUCCAUUCUGGUCAACCCUUGGAAUGCAACUGACAUGGCACAGUCCAUCCAAGAGGCAUUGACCAUGGGGGAUGAUGAGCGAAAAGAACGGCACAAUGUGAAUUACAUCCAUGUGACGAAGCACACAGCGCAAAGCUGGGCAGACAACUUUAUCACUGAACUCAAUGAUACCCAUAUAGAGGCAGACUUGCGAGAUCGACAGGCCCCACCACAGCUGCGAACGUCUUCUGUCGUCCAUGCAUUCAAUGACAGCUGCCGCCGGCUGAUUGUCUUGGGCUACAAUGCCACCCUGACUACUGCUGUGGAAGCACCCAAGCAGCCCAGGAAGCACUACGACCAAAUGAAGGCCCUGGCACGGGUCAACCCCAGUACUAUCAAGUGCAUUCGUGCACUGUGCUACAACCCAGGAAAUGUGGUGGUAAUCUUCAGUGGCAGCGAGUGUGCAAAGCUGCAGGAGCAGUUUGGGCAGCUUCCUGUUUGGCUUGUUGCUGAGAAUGGAGUGUACAUGAGGCCACCAUCUGUUGCACAUGGAGCUACUGCGGAAUGGUUGCCAGUGUUCGAGCGACUCCCUCGAGACUGGAUGGACAGCGUCCAGAUGGUGUUUGAAUACUUCUGUGAACGCACACCUCGUUCGUUUGUGGAAAAGCGUGAGACAUCACUUGUUUGGAAUUUCAAGUAUGCUGAUGUUGAAUUUGGUAGAGUCCAGGCGAUGGACUUGUUGCAGCAUUUGAGGGCAGGCCCUCAUUCAAAUGCACCGGUGGACAUAGUUCCCGGAGCCCGAUCUGUGGAGGUCCGACCUGUGGGCAUCACAAAGGGCCUGACGAUGCAGCACAUAGUUGGAGAGAUGGAGAGAUUGCUGGGUGCCGAUGCUUGUGACUUUGAUUUUGUGCUUUGCAUCGGGCAUUUUCUGAGAAAGGACGAGAACAUUUUCUCCUUUUUUGAGGGCGAGAACACCUUGCAUGAGGGGCGCUUGGAGAAGUCGCUGCACUUCCUACGACCCAAUGCAGUCGAUGCACAAUGCGGCAGCAAAAUGCCAGGGGAGGCGUAUGCAGCCUUGAUGGGCAGCCCUGCGGUCAGCUACGAAGGCACACUGUGGGCCCAAAGCACGAAGGAACAGACCAUGUUGAGCCCAAAGCACUUGUUCACUUGCACAGUAGGACGUGCAGGGUCUAAAGCAAGGUUUUCGCUGGGUGGUUCAAGCGAAGUGGCAGCACUGCUUGAAGCCAUCACCGAGGUGACCACGGCUGGAGCCCAACACGAAGCACAACAUGAACGAUCUGAUCCAGUGGCCAUUCCUCCGUCGUAA